AUGCUCAUCCAAAUCUCGAAAAGAAAAACCGGCCUAGGAAGCCAGCCCCCUAACUCACUCUGUGCCAUUAGUGUCCCACCCGCAUCACCGACGCCCAAACCAUGUCAGCCGAACUCUCGCGUCUCCAUGCAGAAUUCACCGCCGAACUCGCCACUCUACGCCAAAAAGACGAACAAAAACAACAACAACAACAACUCAUCCAUCAACAAAAUCGAAAUCAACAAGUUCAACAGAAUGUAUACCAACACCCACGCCACCAACAACAACAAUCCCUAUACCAUCGUCUCCGCUACCACCACCAUCUCUACCGCCAACCCCAAACCCAAGCUUCCUACCUCAGCACCCUCCAAAAACGCAACCGCAACCUCCCCAUCUGGUCCACAAACUACUUCGCUCUUUACCGCGCACUACAGCGCAGAUCGGGACUAG